AUGUUGCGCAUCUUGCUAUUCGGUAUCGCCUGCGCGAGCGCAGCCCCCCGCUUUCCCUUCAGUGAUGAAAGUAGCUUGGAAAGCAUGAUGAGUGAUGACAUCAUGAACAUGAAAAGCUUCUGGCGACAAUUUAACAGGGAAAUGGCGACGUUAGAAGAUAGAAUACAAGCGAUCACCAAGAGUAUCCCCCAAGUAGCCACAAAAGAGGGCAUCGAGGGCAAUCAGUACACAAUCGAAAUCCCCCUAAACGGCUUCCAAGAGAGUGAUAUCUCAGUAAAAGCGAGGAAGGGGCUUUUGAAGGUUGAAGCUAGGCAUAACUUCGGUCCAGGGUCCACAACAAACUACAUGGUAGUUAGGUCCCUGCCGGACUGUGUUGGUGAAAACGGCGACUGGACUUACGAUAAUGGAAUAUUAAAGAUAGUGUUCCCUGUUAAUUCUACUGAAGCUACCGAAAUACAGACUGCAGAACCGAGCCACAGUCGGGAAGAAAUUGAAACUGACAACACAGAUAUUAACACGAACGCAGAUAUAGGCAUUGACAAUUCGGAUUCCAAUGUCGAUAUACAAACCAACGAAAUACCAAAGGCUGAAGGCACAACAUAUUCGGAAGGUCUGAAGGAUGAUUACGAGUUUGUACCGCUCUCAAGAUAUUAG